AGAGCCUGAACCGAGUGAUCAAUGCCUCGAACCCACUCACUUACUUCUUUUGCCUCGAUCACCGCGAUCAACACAAACACCCUGAUCGCUUCAUGACUUGGGUCUCAUGAGGUUGUUGGCUCCUCAUCCGUGGUGCCUUCCUCGCCUGCGCCGCCCCAAAGAUAUCGCAGUCUGUGAUGGGCAUCAUGCAAAAUCAUUUCCACCAAACUUGUAGUGAUACCAUCCCAGGAGAUUGAUCCUGCCAUCAUUACGACACUGGAGCUUCGCAACCUCUAUCACUGUCCUACAUGUUCCCUCGCUGUGUCGCUCUGUGAGACUUGGAGGUCAACACUUUCGUUCGCAGGCAGCCUCUCCUCCCAGUCGAAAUAUAUGCGCACAACUCAGCUUCCUCUUCUUGGGCUCGCAAAAUAGACCCUUCAAUCUCUGUCUCAAUGGCUCCAGGCACUCCCACAUCCUCCCAUGAAAUGAUCUCUGGUCGACCUGCAUCCCACGCCGUCCCAGUGCCAAAUUCCAGACCUGAUUCUCGUCAUCGGUCUAUCAACCCCGACUUGAACAGACCACUACCCCCUCCCCCGCCGCCACAGACUUCUGCGACCGAGCAUUACGAGAUUCCUACCCUCAGACGAAAGCCUGUCGCCGACUCAUCGGAUGCCGCUCCUAGUCGACAUGGACAUAACCGGUCCUUUAGCCACCCUUUCCCUUCACUGUUCGGUUCUAAGAGAUCUGAGAGGAAACAUCAUGCUAGAGGAGAAACUGACGGUUCUGGCGCAAACAUCCGAGACGGACGCACAGAGGAUGUCAAGGUUAAGGGCCAGGUUAGCGAUAGCACCAGUCAACGAGCUGAUCGGCAACCGGUGACAGGAAAGUGCAUGACAUGCGACUCAACAGUUCGUUGGCCCCAGGGCUUGAAGGUUUUUCGGUGUACCACGUGUCUAACAAUAAACGACCUUGAGUAUAACCCCAGCUACCCUCGCGAUACCGCUGGCCCGUUGAACGGCACUUCAGGCCCCCGAAGAGUCAUCCCAAUUUCGCUCGAGAAAACCCGCAACCUAAUUGAUCGUUGUAUACGACAGUAUUUCGACUCCCUCUUGCAUGAUGACACUGAACCAAGCCCGGUUCGAGGAGUCGAAACCCCAUCGGUGGAGGAAUCUUUUCUGUUAGAUGGUAGCCCCCCAGAAGGUCUUUUGUUCGAAGAGAAUCGUCCCUCUCGAACCUCUUCGCCAUCGUCGCCAAUGAGACCUUCCUUGAAAGCAAGGUGCCCUUCGGAAUCUACCCUGACAUCAUUUCAACAUCAAAGUACUGCGAACCGUGAUCCGUCAACCCACAGCACCUCGGAUCCGUUUUCUACUUCAUUGCCAACCAACGAUCCAGGAAGGCGCCCCCAAAAGGGCGAUGUGCAUGGGCACAGAAUGAACGACUACAGUCAGCAGAUGUCACCUUUGCAAAUAUUUCGACCAGUUGAAGAAUACAUCUCCGAAGCUUUUGUUGGGUGUGAAACUCUGAACCACUCUUUUCUCACGCCUCGCCUCGUCCAGGACAACAAACUACGCACGUACUCGAAUUCGCAACCAAGACGCCUGGCGACCGAAUCUGCUAACACACCCGUCCAUGAGCCCGAUGUGUUUCUAUCUGGCCUCGAUGCAAAGACUCUGCUCCUCGGUGAUGUGGCUGAGAAUGGGUCUUGGUGGCUAGGAGCGCCGGAAGGCCGGCAGAGCUCUUCUGGCAAAGACAGUCAUCAAGGACGAGAGCGAUCCCCCGAGAGAUUGCGUGCUCUCAAUGCUCGCCAUUCAAGAAUAAACUGGCCGGAGCUCGCUGAAUGGUACCGGGUUCUCAUCUUCGCUGGCGAGACAUGGGAACAGCAGUGGGACCGACUCAACGAGGAGCUGACCAGCCCAACAGAACGGCAGCUCUGGCAGUCAGCGGCGAAAGAUGACAUCCGCCAUGACAUCGUCGACUCUCGGCUCCAUUUGCAGAGAAGCCUACUCAAGAUUACAGAGAACCUCCUCAAACGGCCGAGGCAGCCACUGAAGCAUGCAGAAGAUUGCCGCUUCCUACUGCUUCUUCUCGCAAAUCCCUUACUUACACCCCAGAGACUCGAUGGCGGGAAAUUACCUCCCAUGCCUCCGCCCAAUCCGCACGCCUUAUUAGGUCGGUCUCCUGAUCGUCAUCGGGGCUCACCUUCCAAAAGAUACCAACCAUCGGGCAGAAGGCCUGGCAGUCUCGGACAUCAUUCUGGUGUGAUCAAGCGCAUCCUUGGCCUAAUAGCCAACCUCUCAAACGAGGUUCAUCAAAGCCUAGCACUAUGGUUUUCACGCUACUCAGAUGCCCAAUUCCAGCGAGCAGUUGAGAUGAUAGGGAGCUUCGUAACAUAUAGGCUCUCGCGCCAGCAAAGGCGCCCAGCCCCUGAGCCCAUCAACCCAACCGAAGGUCUUGUUCCAAGUUUUUCUGACACCAGUGUUCGCCAUGCAUCUCAGCUACACGCAGCCCUUGGCGCGCGAAAGCCUUCGACAACCGCAGGCAACGCUGGAGGGAAACCUAAAAUAUCUGUUUACAGCGAGGAUUGGCAAGUACGAGUAGCAGCUCGCGUUAUGGCGCUUUUAUUUCAAGCCAAUGUCGGACACACCAGCCGCAAAAGAGAUGCUUCGGCAACGCACGAGCAACGGCACAACAGCCCGGGGUUGAAUGCAAAACACCAUGCCUAUUCCCACGGUCAGAUUGUCCCGAUUAGCAACUUCUACAAUACCAUGUUGGACUAUGCAGACCUUGCAAGUGACUUUGAGGCCUGGGAAACAACUAAAACCAAAUUCACCUUCUGCCAAUACCCCUUCUUCCUCAGCAUCUAUGCCAAGAUCCAUAUCCUCGAAUUUGACGCCAGAAGACAGAUGGAGAACAAAGCAAGGGAGGCCUUCUUUGACGCCAUUCUGAGUAGGAAAGCUGUCAGUCAGUAUCUUGUUCUCAAGGUACGGCGUGACUGCCUGGUCGAAGACAGUCUUCGUAAUGUGAGCGAAGCUGUCGGCUCGGGAGGCAAUGACCUCAAAAAGGGACUCCGGAUUGACUUCCUCGGCGAAGAAGGAAUCGACGCUGGAGGUCUUCGCAAGGAGUGGUUUCUCCUCUUGGUGAGGGAGAUAUUCGAUCCCUAUCAUGGGCUCUUCGUGUAUGACGAUGACUCGCAAUACUGCUAUUUCAAUCCUUAUUGCUUUGAAUCUUCGGAGCAAUUCUUUCUCGUUGGAGUGCUGCUUGGGUUGGCAAUCUACAACUCGACCAUCUUGGAUGUGGCGUUUCCUCCUUUCGUCUUCAAGAAAAUGCUUGCCUCAGCACCUUCUUCUGGGGACAAGCUGAUGUCAACACCCAAGGUUAGUCAUGGGUACACGCUGGAAGAUCUCGCCGAGUUCCGACCAGCGCUUGCACGGGGACUUCGCCAGCUUCUCGAAUACGAAGGCGAUGUCCAAGAGACCUUCUGCAGAGAUUUUGUCGCCGAAAUGGACCGUUAUGGAGAAAUACUUCAAAUUCCUCUUUUCCCUGGAGGCGAGAAGCGAGCCGUCACUAAUUCCAACAGAAAGGAAUUCGUUGAUCUGUAUGUGCACUAUCUCCUUGAUACGGCGGUGGCGCGGCAAUAUGAACCCUUCAAGCGAGGGUUCUUUACCGUCUGUGGGGGCAAUGCCUUGUCUCUCUUUCGACCUGAAGAGAUUGAACUACUGGUACGUGGGUCCGACGAGCACCUAGACGUUGCAAGCCUUAGAGCUGUUGCAACUUAUGAAGGAUGGCCGAAAGAAGAUGGUCCUCCGGAUCAGCAGCCACAGGUGAUUUGGUUUUGGGACUUUUUCUCCCGAGUCUCGCCUCUCGACCAACGCAAGAUCCUCGGUUUCAUCACUGGAAGUGAUCGAAUUCCAGCGAUGGGGGCCACCAACCUUGUUAUUCGAGUACAAUUGCUACGAGAAUCGCAAGAAGUUGAUGUGUAUGGACGACCGUUAUGGCAACCUGUGGAGAGAUUUCCGAUCGCGAGGACUUGUUUCAACAGUAUUUCUCUCUAUAAGUACGGGAGUAGGGAGAAGCUGGAGCAGAAACUGUGGACCGCAGUCACAGAGAGCGAGGGGUUCGGUCUUAAGUAAAGGGUUCUAGUUGGUAAUAGCACUCAGGCUAAUGGGGUGACAAAAGUGACGAAAUGGACACUUAUGAAUGCAUAUCGGGCUGGAGCAGUCCGUCUUCGGCCUGAAGAGGAACUGUAACGAUUGUAUCAUCACGGUCAUGGUCAUCACCAUGACUCGACAGGAAAGGGGUUGGUGUUAUCGCAUGCAGGCUCUUGGUAUACAGGCACGAAAAGUCAUGAUGAAAUAAAGCUCGCAUGGUUGACAGGGGGUUAUCAACCAUUUGUACAUCUCUUGGCAGGCCAGGACGGCUUCGUAUAAACCAAUAGCUUGCUAUGGCCACACCAUGCCUCAGUGAGCCCUGUAAGCUAAUCCAAGAUUAGGUGUAACGAACAGAUACAAAUAAGCUGGGAACUGUCGGUGAAGAUUAGAUAGCUACUACAGG